CGCCAUACAAGCUAGAACCGCCACAUACACUUGAACCAAACCGAAAACUGCAGACAAAAAUGAUUUCUGCUACUAAGAUCAGUGAAAUGUAGUUUAAACGGACAACUGAGUGAAGAGCAGAUAUCUCAACUAGCAAGCAAGUCGCAGCAAUGUGGGGGGAUUUUCGGCACAACACCCGCCAGUGGGCUUCCUCUCAAAACGCCAAGCGGAUGCUUCACAUUUAUACAUCCGGUGAAAUAUAUGUCUCAUUGUUCUAUCUGCAGCUUAGCGAUUUCGACGCAUACAUCGGUGCUCCGGUAUCAAACGUAACAUCACUACAUAUUACUUCUGUCUAGCUAGUAGUGUAAUCGUGUGUGCGAGACUGGUGUUUUGGUGUUCGUAUCUUCUAAUUUCGACAGAAACGUGCAAUCGGGUGGAGAGAAUGUCAAGGCCACGAUCGCCACAUUAUUCUCACAGAGGCAGUCCACAGAGGCAAGAUGCCCGGAGGUUCCCCUGGGACGACCCAGACUUCGACCCCCAGCAAGUUCUGGCUGACCUGGGCAGGCUGCCCUGGGAAGAGAACCGCAACCCUGGGGAGUCUCACGAGGACCAGUGGGUCCGCUUCAUGGACGAGAUCCACCCAGAUGGACACAGAAGACCUGUGCCUAGAGGGAGCCUUCGGCCAAAGGGCCACAGAAGACCUAUUUCCCCAGGUCUCCACAGGCCUGACCAACACCUCCCCCCAGAGGACUUCCACCAUUGCAGGACCCCACCGCCCCCCCACGAGCUGGGCUACGCAGAGCACAGGAGGCUCUCCCCCCAUGAUGGAGGAGGGGGUGGCAGAGGAAGAGUGAAAGAAGAAUUCCAAAGAUGCGAAGGAAAGCUGCCCCCCUCCCCGCAGAGGCUACCCAGAGAGAGGCUGCCAUCACUGGCCGCGCAGCACACUCACUACAGUCCUAGCCACCACCAGAGAGCGCCCUCUGCAGGUUGGAGGAGAGAAGAGGGGAUCCAGAGCCAGGGGAGGUCCAGGGACCGCAGCCCCAGGGAGAGGGUUCAGGGUGGGGGGAAGUGGGAGAGGAGGGGUGAGGGUGGAGAUUCUCCCGGUUCCUAUAGAGACAGGAAGAGAGACGACAUGCAAAGAGAGUGGAGCACCAUCUCUGACCGGAACCGGAGGGAAACUGUUGAACCGGUGAAUCCUGGGUACGGGAGGGAGACAGAGUUUAGGGAGCGCCGCCCCUCGUUGGAGAGGCCCCGGGAAGGGUAUGGAGGAGGGAGGCCACUGGGGCGCAGUGGCCCCCUAGGGGGCCACAAUGGCCGGGGGCCUAAAGCCCUCAUCGUGGAGCAUGAACAUGGUAUUAUGAACAGCGGAGGGCCAGAACCGUACCACAACCACAGGGGCCCCAACCGGAACCACAGCCACGACCGAUUCAGUCAUCAUCACAACCGGGUCGGAGCCUCUGAGGAGCGGUUCAGGAAGUCAGGCAGCAGGUCCAAUACUAGAGAGGAGGCCAGGCGCCAGCCUGCACAUGAGAGAGGGCCUAUACGUGAGUCCAAAAGGGGCCCUGUCCAUGAAGAUAGGAGGGGGCCUAUACAUGAGUCCAAAAGAAGCCCUAACCGUCAGGGGAGAGCCAGGCCUAUAGGCUUCCAGGAUAGAGGUAGUCCCACGGAUCCCAAGGCCAGAAACAGUACAUUCUGUGGGGCAAGGGAGGCCCCAGCCCGGGGUGGCAAGAGACAGAUGGGGCCCUCCAGGAACCAACCCCAGCCUCUCCUCCAGGGACAGCAGGGGUACCAACCACGGUGUGCCAACUCCCAGCACUCCCCUCCGGAGCACCAGAUGUACCAACCCAGGGGAGAUGACUGGGACAUGGAGCCCAGAGAGGAGGAGCCCGGCUGGGCAGAAGAGGGCGACAUGGAGCCCCGCUGGGAGCAGGACCGGGGACAAGGGCCACGAGGAGGCCGGCCACCAGCACGGUGCAGGAUGGGACCCAGGAAACCUCAGCUUAGAGAUCUCAACCCCAACUGGAACCAGCAGCAGAACGACAUGGCAAUGCCUCGCAUAGGCGCCGGCAAGGAGGAGACACUCACCAUCAAAGUGGACAUGAAGCGCACCAUGGGCCAGAACAGCCAGCUGUGCUACUCUUCAGACCGCCAGCUGUCGUUGGAUCUGGUCAAUGUGGGCCGCCAGCGCCUCGACUUCCUACCCAUGCUAGAGCAUUCUGGGACUUACCGGGAGUCCACAAUGCACUCUGGGACUUUUGCCCAGGAGAUCAUCACCCUGGUGCACCAGGUCAAAGAGCAUUACUUUAGGGGUGAUAGUGUAAAGCUGACCGAGCGUUUCUGUGGCGCCCAAGAUGGUCUGCCUGAGGAGGAGCAGGAGGAAGAGAGGCCUACUCUGAACAGGCGGUUCAACAUGAGUCUGUCAGAGCCAGACAUGGAACCUCUCUUCUCCAAAGUUGGCCGCAUGCAGCAGCAGGCGGUGAGUGACCCAGGAGACCUGAGGCAUGACCUGGAGAGGAGGAGACAGGAGAGGCUGGAAGGGGUGAAGGUCACCAUCCCUGGAGGCAGGCUCUCACAGCGCCCCCUGGUUGCUGGGAGUGACCAUCAUGAGGAGUAUGGUAGUGGGGAAGAGGAGGUUCAGGAGGAAGAGGAUGGCUUCUCUUCAGGCUGGCCAGGCCUACCACAGAGAGGAGGGAGGUGGCCCGGAGAGAUGAGGAGAGGAGGCAUAGUUAGACAAAACAUGGGCGGCCAGCGGAGGAACAACCGGUCUCCUAAUCUCCCCGGCAACCAUCUGGGACCAAUAAGGCAACAGAACCGCAAUAUUAACGGUGCCAACUGGUGAAUGGACUCUUGGAUGGAGCCUGGGGUUAUGUGAGGUUAGCUGUUGAGCUCAGAGGAGUGACCAGGCCAACUGUAUAUACAAACGUAUGUGGACACCCCUUCAAAUUAGUAGAUUCAGCUAUUUCAGCCACACCUGUAGCUGACGGGUGUAUAAAGUCGAGCACACAGCCAUGCAAUCUCCAUAGACAAACAAUGGUAGUAGAAUUACCUUAUUGAGGAGCUCAGUGACUUUCAAUAUGGCCAUGUCAUAGAAUGCCACCUUUUCCAACAAGUCAGUUUGUCAAAUUUCUGCCCUGCUAGAGCUGCCCCGGUCAAGUAAGUGCUGUUAUUAUGAAGUGAA